UAAAUAUAUAAAUUAUGUAUUAUGAUGUGUAAACAGGUCCUUUUGAUAUACAACUCUUGUUUUGUAGGCACUCCAAAUGGAUCUUUUGUAGAAAGUGAACUAGACAACAGUCAACAGCCGUGUUUUAGCGCAUGUAUUGGAGAUGGCCAGACAGGCAGUGUUUCAUCAAUGUUUCCUGAAAGUAGCUUCACAUCAAUACCAAGAUCAAGCACAGCCUCUACGUCCUCCAUAGCACUUAUUAGUUUGACAGAAGACUUUGCAGUGGAAGAAGAUACCAGUUCUUCCGGUAUCGCUAAAAAGCCAGACGGGAAAAGGAAAAGGGUUUCUCUUGGUGAUUUGCAAACGAUGCAGUAUGAGGUCCUUGAAAAGCAGAAAAGUCAAGCGGAUUUGUUGACCACUAAAUUGAAGAUGGAGAUAAACAGAGAAAAGCUUGGAACAAAAAACUUGAAAUUAAGAAACACUAAGCUUCGGUUAGAGAUAAGAUUGUUAAAACAGUCUGUUCAGAGUGAAGAGAAUGCAAUGUUAGCAUUGUCAGCGGUGCAAUCAGACAAUUAUUGUAGCUAGAUAUUAAUUGAACAUACAGUACUGAUACUUUUAAAUUUUAUAUGUUUUGUAUUGUUCACCAAUUAACCAAAUUAGGAUGAAAAGGGAAUGAAUGUUUUUUUUAAUGAGAGUGAUGUUUGGGUUUAAACAGUCAUAUUGUUUAUAUACUGUAUUGAUGUAUG